GAAUAGGUCAGGAUCAUGAGCAAGGUGAAGAGGGAAGCGAAACGGGGCUCAGAAUACAUAGUCGACGCUAUGGGGAGGGAAGACAUUGUACUCAGAUUGACGGCGAGCUUCCGAUCUCGAACUCAAGGCGCGCAAGAUGCAGACAUGAGAAUGAGUAGUGUGAACUCGUAUACUGCGUGCAUUGGACCAGGAGGGGCAUGGUGGGGCGUCGGGGAAGCCAGCCGAUGCUGAAGAGUCGAGGAGCGAGCGCCGCGGUUGACGAUGACGGCCGGAAACAAGGACCAACGUCGGACCCACAACCGCCAAAGCCGGAUGCGGCAGUCGCCGAGACGCGUUCCCACCGCUUGAUCAGCGCGCCCAUCAUCGACCGCGGCGAUUAUCCUCCACCCCUCCCUCGUAGUACGAGAUCUACAUACGAAAUGGUAUAUUCUGCUCAUCCAAGCUCAUCGCGACUGAGGAGACCUGGCAAAUCACGCAAGCGAUUUGCCGAAGACGUCGAUAGUAAGAGCACUGUGCCGAUAUCAGGCGGCCGGGGCCCGGUACGAGACAGCAACGCGAGCGUGACUUGCCGACAGGCUCAAGACGCCAAGAAUACGAAGGGAAUAGGCACAGACCUUUGGUACAUCCCGAACGGCGUUCCUCAGCAUAUCAACACGGCUCCCCCUCGACGGCCAACUUCCAUCGCCUCGUCGGCAAUUCUGAGGUCCAGGCCCUUGAAACACGGAGCUUCGGACAUGGCGCGCCCGACCGAACUUUGUGGCUGUCGAGGGGAGCGGCGAUGCCGGCGAGGGAAGCGCGGACGCCGGCUCGCGAUUUAGCUUGUUUGUGGGGAGCGGUCGUACAGCGCUGGGCAGCUGGCAGGUACAGACAUCGAACGGUGAGUAGAAUCAGUCAAGCAGUCCGCGGUCCGCGUUAGCGAGGUCGCCAGAAAUAGUCUGAUCUUUUGACUUUCGCCGCGCUGGCUAAAAGCCUGCUAUAUGCGGUAACCUGGAUUUCAACCGCCAUCCUCGCU